GAGAGAGAGAGAGAGAGAGAGAGAGAGAGAGAGAGAUGCUUCUUCUUUAAGUUUAUUGACUUUAAAGCUGCAUAUUCCGUAUAUUUGAAUGGAAGCUAAAGUUGAUGAUGAGCUGGUGGGAGUUCUGAGCGGACCAUAGGCUGCAGCUUCAUCACUUUCAGCCCGGAGAGAUCUCCUUUUUUCCGCUCUGUACAGAAUGAGCGUCGCGGGGGUUUUGCUCUGGUGUGCGGUCAUUUCGUUCGCCUCAUCGCUGGACCUGCAAUCGGACAUGCCGAAUGUGUGUGAGGACCAGGAGGUGCAGAUGUUAGGUACAGUGCAGCCGUGCGUUCAGGCCUUUACACGCAUGGUGAAAGUGUGGAAGCAGGGCUGCUCUCCCCAGCGCUGGUGCAUGGGCUACGAGAGGAGGACAGGUUACUAUACUGCCUAUAGGCAGGUGUACAGUAUGGAGCUGCAGACUGUUUAUAAAUGCUGUCCAGGAUGGACACAGAGAGGAGAGGAAAGAGGCUGCUUACACAGACUGUGCUCAGAUGGAACAUGUUUUAAUGGAGGCAAGUGUUCAGACACAGGGGAUGAGGUGUGUGAGUGUCCUGCUGGCUUCCAGGGAGCGCGCUGUCAGUACGAUGUGAAUGAGUGUGAGAGCUCUAAUGGCGGAUGUGAGGGGACAUGCUGUAACACUAUUGGCAGCUUCUACUGCAGGUGUCCUGAGGGCAGUACACUGGGAGCAGAUGGCAAGACCUGCCAAGAUGUAGACGAGUGUGUGGAGCUGAAUGGCGGCUGUCAGCAGAAGUGUGUGAACACACUGGGGUCGUAUUACUGUGAGUGCAGUGCAGGAUUUCGCAUGCAUGCUGAUGCUCGCACAUGCAUAGCUGUGAACUCUUGUUUGGUGAAGAAUGGCGGUUGUGAGCACACGUGUGUGGACCUGGGGAACGAUCACUACAAGUGUGAGUGUCGGCGUGACUACCAGCUCAAGAGUGAUGGCAGGCACUGUGAAUUGAAGGACCCAUGUUUGGAGGGUAAUGGUGGAUGUGCUCAGCUGUGCAGCAGUGAGAAUGAACUCAUAGAAUGCAGCUGCAGAACCGGAUACACACUGGCCACAGACCACCAAAGCUGUGACGAUGUUGAUGAGUGUGUGUCCGGUCAGGCCAGGUGUGCUCAUGGCUGUGUGAACAUGCUGGGCUCCUUCAAGUGUGUGUGUAACCCUGGAUUUGAGCUGGGGGUGGACGGGAAACAGUGCUACCGUAUUGAGAUGGAAAUUGUGAAUGGCUGUGAGAAGGAUAAUGGUGGCUGUUCCCACCACUGUGAACACACCACCAGCGGCCCCGUCUGCUCCUGUAACCACGGUUACCAGCUCGCCUAUGAUCUCAGGACGUGUAUAGACAGUGAUGAGUGUGAAGGUGAGGAGGCCUGCUGUCACCAGUACUGCAAGAAUUACCCAGGAGGAUACGAGUGUAGCUGCAAGCCAGGAUAUACACUCAGCCCUGACGGCUGCGCAUGCGAUGACGUUAAUGAGUGUGUGUUGGAGACGUCAGGGUGUAAUCACUACUGUGUGAACAUGCCAGGAUCGUACGAGUGUUUUUGUCGGGAGGGCUUCCGGCUGGACUAUGAUCAGCAGACAUGUCUCCCUCUCUAUGCGAGUGAUAUUGAUGCAGAAGAAGAAGAAGAGGAGGAGGAGGAGAAAGAGGGGGGCGAAGAGGAGCUGGAAAUCCUUCGUCUCCCUGAUCUUUUAUUCCGGAGAGCCCCACAGCUCCUGCAGUACACUGCUGCUUUACACUCACCUUAUGACAGUGAAGACACACAUACAUCCUACUCCGAACACACACGCGACCAAGAGCAGAGAGAAGAGCUCACUGUGAUCAGCAGAAUUAUGUGUGUGACAGGCUCGUUUGGUGAGGACUGCAGUGUUACCUGCGAGGACUGUGCUAAUGGUGGUGGUUGUGGAGAGAAGAGAGAUGGCUGUGUGUGUACGGCAGGCUGGACAGGGAUCACCUGUAACCAGACGUGUGCGGAGGGGACGUAUGGUGUGGGGUGCAACAGUUUGUGUGUUUGUCAGAACGGUGGACGGUGUGAUCCUGUAAGCGGGAAGUGUAACUGCCCUCCAGGAGUCCACGGCUUGCACUGUGAAAACGGCUGUCCCCAGGGCUUCUUCGGGAGGUUUUGUCGGAGGAAAUGUAACUGCCCCAAUAACGGACGCUGCCACCGCCUGUAUGGGGGGUGUUUGUGUGCCCCCGGACUCUACGGCAAAUUCUGCCACUUGCCAUGUCCAAGGUGGACACACGGAGCUGGCUGUUCGGAGGAGUGUGACUGCGUGCAGGACAACACAUUCAGCUGUGACCCGCAAAAUGGGACCUGCAUCUGCAAACCUGGUUACCACGGUGACCACUGCAACACGGAAUGUGCAGCUGGUUUCUACGGUAGUGGCUGUAGAGAGCAGUGUAACUGUUCUGACACUGUGUCAUGUAACCAUACAACCGGAGAAUGUCAGCAGAAGUGCCCUGCUGGACUCUAUGGAGAGAAAUGCCAACUGGCAUGUCCUGCAGGAUUCUUUGGGCCAGGGUGUGGGUUAUCCUGCACUUGCCAUGCCAACACUGCCUGUAACGCUGUGACUGGAGAGUGUGUGUGUCCACCAGGAUACACUGGACAUGACUGCUCAACAGUGUGCGAAGCUGGGUUUUGGGGUCCUGGCUGUGCCAACCCGUGUCAGUGCGUUAACAGUGCAGUAUCAUGUGAGGCCAGCAGUGGGCGCUGCUUCUGUGAGCCUGGAUACACUGGAGAACAGUGCAAACAGAAGUGUCCUGAGGGCCAGUAUGGUCCAGACUGUGAGCAAGUGUGUGACUGUAUGAAUGGAGCAGGAUGUAACCAUGUGAGCGGGACGUGCAGCUGCACAUCUGGCUGGACAGGAGCACACUGUGAAAUGAUUUGUCCAGCUGGUUUCUAUGGUCAGGGUUGUGAACAGAAGUGUAAAUGUGACCAUGGCACUUCCUGUCACCAUGCAACAGGCCAGUGUGUGUGUGAGCCAGGAUGGACAGGGCUCACCUGCAACAAGUCCUGUUCCCCUGGCUGGUUCGGCAAAAACUGUUCGCAGGUGUGUGAGUGUCCAGAGGGCAUGGCCUGUGAUCAUGUGACCGGCAGGUGUGGCUGUCCAGCAGGAUAUAUGGGGAGCAGCUGCGAGAAAACGUGUAUGCAGGGCCGGUAUGGACUGAACUGCUCUCGGGUGUGUUUGUGUUCUGGACCUUAUCAGCUGUGUCACCAUGUCACCGGCAGGUGCACCUGUCCACCUGGUUACUAUGGCAGCCACUGCCAACUCAAGUGCAGAGAGGGCACCUAUGGCCCCGGCUGUAAAAAGAGAUGCCGCUGUGCCAACGGAGGACGCUGUGAUUUCAAGACCGGUGCCUGCCUAUGCCAACCAGGGUUCUUGGGAGCCAACUGCAGUACCAGCUGUCCAGCUGGGCACUAUGGGAAGGACUGUGCGAAAACAUGUUCCUGUGGGGAGGGAGGACAGUGCCACCCAGUGUCUGGGAGGUGUACCUGCACUCCAGGAAGAACAGGGCAGUCUUGCCAACAAGUGUGCCCCAGGGGGCGCUAUGGAGCGCAGUGUCGCAGCCUGUGUACGUGUGUAAACGGCGGUGUGUGUGACCCUGCUGAUGGAACCUGCAGAUGUGGACUGGGCUGGACCAGCACACGUUGCGAGGAAGCAUGUGUCUCAGGUCAGUUUGGAGCUAACUGUGAGCAGGAGUGCAUGUGUCUAAAUAACGGAACCUGUGACCGGUUUACUGGCUCCUGCUCCUGUACAGCCGGUUACUACGGCCCCACAUGCCAACACCAAUGCCCUGCUGGAUUUUUCGGAAAGCUCUGCUCACAGCCCUGUGAAUGCACUCACGGACAUACGUGUGAUCAUGUGACAGGACGGUGCACGUGCCCUCCAGGUUAUCAUGGCGACCACUGUCAGAAACGUUGUGCAGCGGGCCGUUUCGGUGUGGGCUGUGUACAUCAGUGUAAGUGCGCUGAGGGAGUCCCUUGUGAUCCGGUCACAGGCCAGUGCCUUUGCCCCCCAGGGAAGACUGGGGAGUACUGCGAUAAAGAGUGUGUGAGUGGACAGUAUGGUCCUGACUGUUCUCUGCAGUGCCACUGCACUCAUGGAGGACAAUGUGACCCUCGCAACGGACGAUGCGUGUGUCCGCUCACCUGGCUCGGACCCACCUGUGGGGAGGAUUCUGCUGCGGUCUCUUUAUCACUGAAGAGGCGACGAGGCGUGUAACACGGUGCCCCAAGCUCAGACACAAAUGGACAGCUGCUUUAGUAUGAUUUUUGUGUGUGUGUCACAGACUUUCUACUUUCAUUAAAAAUGAAGGUGAUCCGGUUAAAACGAAGGGGAUUAGCGCAAGACAUAAAACCUAGACUUUGCCACUGGGCUCGUUCUGUACCACUGAGGCGCCACAGUGAGUUUGUGUGGCUAUGUGUGUACAUUUGUCCCCUAAAACAGGACUGCAUUGCGCUCAGUUUGUCACUUUGCGUGUUCAAGAAUGCAGAUUUGAACAUGAUUUGGCCAUAUAAAACCAGCAAAAAGCACAUUUGAGUUUCUGUUCCAUUCAAGCCCAACGUCCCACAGCACUCUUUUAAUCCGUGUCAGUCAAACAGCCCAGUACCCACAGAGCCAUGACCACGUUUCUCUAUUACAGGAUACAAGCGUGCAACCUCAACCUUUCAUAUUUACUGCAGACCACAGUAAAAAACAUGUCACUGAAAUAACCCUCAAACAUAAUCUCUCUGCAGCGGAACAUACUCAGGGUGCCUUGAUCUUUCUCCACAUAUCACAUAGAGCUUAUUACUGAACUGGUAAAUACACCACGAUAUUGAAUUCACCAGUCCAUCAUAACGUCACAUGAUCUAAAUGGUGCUUAAUGGUUUUCAUAUCAUGUAGUAUCACAAAUAUUUUGUGUGAUAAUGAUGAUUAUUAUUUAAAAAUGUCCAGCGCGGUCGGCACUGUCCACUUGAGCGUGGGUGUGGAUUUGGAGCUCCUUAUGUAUUUCCUGUGAUGUGAUUUCUGUGACAGCACCCCCCCCAAAGCACCGGUAGAAACGUCUAAAUAUCCAGUUACUUCCCCCAUUAGUUCGAGCGGCUUUGUGUAAAUUGUUAAAAGCGAACUGUCGGGCUGAAUCGGACUGGUGUAAACGAAAACUCAAGUCACCGAAGAUCAGUGAUCCACCAAAGCUUACAUGCCAAACAGCUAUAAUCCGUACAAAUGACCAGCACUCGUACUGUAGUUUCAACAAAAGGCUUCAUUUGCUGUAAAAAUGAGAUGUGAAACAAGAGCGUUUUUGUCUUCUGGAAUACUUUGUAUUUACUUAUAUUUAUGUUGUGUGGUCGUGAAACUCAAAUACUGUCUCGCUGAUCAAACGCUGAGUGAAAUGGUGCUAUAAUGAAGAAUAUACUGAGCUUUGAAUUAAAUCUUUGUUUUUUCAAGAAAACAUUGUGUCUGUUCCUACAGCUAUUUUAAUUGUAUGUUUCAUUUCCACUAGGAAGCUGAUGUGCAAAAGUUUUUGCUGUUUGGUUUGCACUGCAGGAUACUGGUAUUUUCUUCUUUACUGGGUAAAACCAUAGAGUAAUUGCAUACAUUUAUACAUAGAUCCCUUAUUUGAGGGAGACAUAAGUAAUUCCAUAUUGGCUUCUUGGCUAGUCUCGCGGGGCCAGACGUGAUCUUGUAACAUUUGGGGACGACCUUGAACAAUUUUGGGCUAAAUAUGUAGACUUAUUAGGGUGGGAACAAACUGAGUGGGACAUUUUUGAACUAAUUCAAUGCCUCCUGAAGACAACGCUCAAAGUAUGGUGGUGAUGGUACACUCGUCAACAGUGUCUGAUGAACAACUGUCAUCAGCCCGUGGAUGUCAUGUAAGUUAGCAUCCCUGAAAAGUCCCUCAAAAACUAGGAUUAAUUAAGCAUGUAGAUGUAUGUGCUGUAUAUAGAGUAAUUACAUGCAGUAAAAAUAAACAAUACCUCUUUUGAUAUAAAAACAGUUCUAUUAGUUAAGGAUAGUGAUUUCCUAGCUUGCUCAUUUGGCUUGCAUUAUUAUUGUAUUCUGCAUGUUAAAAGAGCAUGAACUCAAGGAAUUUGGGGGUGGGUUUUAGAGGGGCCAUUCUCAUAUUAGUGACAGAUUUUGUCGCAAUCCAGCACCAAAAGUUCCACAGUUUGUCCCUAGAUUCUCACUAUAAAAUCACGCCUGGCCCCACGAGACUAUUUCUUGACUAGAGCUGUGUGUUGCUACAUCACUAGCUGCACAAGAAAGCUAACAUUUCUAGAUGUGGUAUUUGCAUUUGCU